UUUUAUACCGAAAAAGUAAACAAAUGAAUUUGUAUUCAUGUUAUAGUUAUUGCAAUAACUAUGAUAAAUAUUUUUUAUUAUGUAUAGAGAGUGCAAUCAUGUCCUUAUACAACCAAAAUAAGCUUAUACUUAAUUAUUUUAAACGAAUGAAGUUCAAGAGAAAGGUUUGAUUAUGAGAUUGAUAUUACUUUUAUUUUGUUUAAUUAAUUUUACCCUAGCAUGCCGGCCUGCGGAGGAAAUUGAAGGACCUGGAGACAAUAACGAGGAGAAAAAAAAUAAGACACAACGCCCAAAAUUCUUCUCAGAUAAACCUUGGGGAGGUUGGAUCCCGCCGGAUGACAGUUGGAAAAUAUGGGUCGCAAUAUGGGGAAAGGAGAACACAUCAAUGGCUUUUGAUAGUACUGAAGUUGGUAGGAACCCUGAAGACGGCUGGCCGGCUUAUUGGAAGGGUUUGGGUAAGGGCAAUUCGGGUGUUCCACCUCCCCCUUGGGCGUAUAUCCCGGAGAACUAUGGCAGACCAGAUUUUUGUUACCUAUUACCCGUGGAGGGUGACUGCAACAAGUCCCAGCACAGGUGGGGCUUCAAUCCCACUGUGAACGCGUGUGACCAGUUCCUGUACAGCGGCUGCGGCGGUAACGAGAACAACUUCAUGAAUAGAAAAGACUGUGAACGUUCGUGUGGGCGCACUCCACAAACGGAUUGCGAUUGGGAAGCUAUUCCUAAAUUAGUAUGAAAAGAAUUUCUGUCGCUUAUCACCAUUGUACUGGUAUAAUUUUUUCUCACAAGUUUUUUUUAGAGAUCAAGUAAUAAAACAA